AUGGCCCGCUCCUACAGCGACCGGGUGCUGGCCGCGAUGAUCCUGCUGGGCGUCCCGGCGGCCGUCUUGGCGGCGCUGGGCGCGCAGCUGCUGUUCCAGCUGCAGGCGGGCCGCGCGGAGCUGCGGGGGACGCGCGCCGACGGGCUGGGUCCGGAGCUGGGCGCGGGCCCGGGGCUGCCCGAGGACGCGGCCGGGGCGCUGCUGCCGCUGGCCGCCGCGCUCGCCGCGCUCGCCCUGGUGCUGAGCCUCACCUGCCUGCUGCUCGCCGCGCUCUGCGGCCACCUGGGCGCCGAGCUGGCCCGGGGGCCCGGCCCCGGCAGGAGCGACUGGUUUUUCUAUGACUGCCGCCUCCUCAGACAUGUGGCCGUGGGCCUCUUCUGCUGUGGGGUCUCCGUCUACUUAGCAGGACUGUCCAUCUAUGCUCUGCUGCUCUUCGAGAUCGAGGCGGGAGCAGCCGCCGCCUCCAUCCUCGGCUUGGGCGCCCUGGCCCUGGUGGCCGUGCUGACCCACUCUCUGCUCCGGGCGGCCCAGGCCACCCGCCGUGGUCUCCGGGAGCUGUCCCCACCGCACUUUGAAGAUGACCCUGCCCGCUCCGCUGAAGUCUCCAAGGCCAGCCCCAGGGCUCCGCCCCAGCAGGGUACCCACCACCAAAUCCCCUACUCAUUCUGCCCAGAACCUGGGGACCCCCUCAGACCCUCAGUCACUGCCUCAAUGCCUGCAGCUGUGGGGGGUGCCCGGGAGAGCAGCCUGUCUGCACCCUACAUGCACCGGACACUGCUGGUCGGCGGGGGGCACUGGGAAGGGGUCACCCAUGAGAUGCGCAGCAUGCUGGGACACAAGCCAGGGGGGUUGGGGAAAGAUUCCACACUGGUGUGA